ACAGAGGUAGCUCCUCCGCCGGCAGCAACUCGGCGCUCGCGGUCCAUGGACCGGAACCCCGGGCCGACGGGCAGGAACCCGGGCCGCGAUCGCCGCCUCCCCACCCCAGGCUCCUCCUCCUCGCUCCCCACCGCCUCCUCCCGACGCCCGCGGGCCGUGCACCGCCACCGCCGGGCUCGCGGAGCCGCCCCGGGAGGCUGGGUGGCGGGUUCGCGGCUGCCGCCGGACUGAGGCCUACUCCGCCGCCUCUCAGUGCUAUUGUCCCUGGGCCCGGCCCUGACCGGGCCCACUAGGGAGGCGAGUGCGCCGCCUCCGACGAAGAUGCCGGACCAAGCCCUACAGCAGAUGCUGGACAGAAGUUGCUGGGUGUGUUUUGCCACUGAUGAAGAUGAUAGAACAGCUGAAUGGGUGAGACCAUGCAGAUGCAGAGGAUCUACAAAAUGGGUUCACCAGGCUUGUCUGCAGCGCUGGGUGGAUGAAAAACAAAGAGGAAACAGUACAGCCAGAGUGGCAUGUCCCCAGUGCAAUGCUGAAUACUUAAUAGUUUUUCCAAAGUUGGGUCCAGUUGUUUACGUCUUGGAUCUUGCAGAUAGACUGAUCUCAAAAGCCUGUCCAUUUGCUGCAGCAGGAAUAAUGGUUGGCUCUAUCUAUUGGACAGCUGUAACUUAUGGAGCGGUGACAGUGAUGCAGGUUGUAGGCCACAAAGAAGGUCUGGAUGUUAUGGAGAGAGCUGAUCCUUUAUUCCUUUUAAUUGGACUUCCUACUAUUCCUGUCAUGCUGAUAUUAGGCAAGAUGAUUCGCUGGGAGGACUAUGUGCUUAGACUAUGGCGCAAAUACUCAAAUAAACUACAGAUUUUGAACAGUAUAUUUCCAGGGAUUGGUUGCCCUGUUCCUCGAAUUCCAGCUGAGGCUAAUCCUUUAGCAGAUCAUGUCUCUGCGACCCGAAUUUUGUGUGGAGCCCUUGUUUUUCCUACUAUUGCGACAAUAGUUGGUAAACUAAUGUUCAGUAGUGUUAACUCUAAUUUACAAAGGACAAUCUUGGGUGGAAUUGCUUUUGUUGCCAUUAAAGGAGCAUUCAAGGUUUACUUCAAACAGCAGCAAUAUUUACGUCAGGCACACCGCAAAAUUCUAAAUUAUCCAGAGCAAGAAGAAGCAUAAAACUGACUUCUCGUUGUUCUGCAGUCCUCUCAUUCUUAUGAGUCUGUUGUGUUGUUUUGAUUCCAUCAUUAAUGCACAGUAGUGGAGACUUGCGAUAAGCUGCUGCUCUCAUAUUUUUAAGAAGUAAAAUAAAGCACUUAGGGAAGGGGAAACCCUCUCAGUAAUCAUGGAACCUAAGGAUGUGAUUUGUUUUCAUUCUUUUGUAUGUACUUCUUUUAUGGCAGUCAUCUGAACCAUUAUUUUAGCAUGGUGAACCUGAGUUUUGUUCAUAUUUUCUUCAGACAGAAAUGUAAAGAUCAAACUGUGCAAAUAUUUAAAAAUGCACAUGCCGUUUUAUUCAAAGGCCUCUUUUGUACAUGUUCAUGUUCAGUGUUUUCUUAGAAUCAGCAACUCAAUGAAGGUACUACGAGGAUUUUUCUCACUGGCAUAAUUUGAUUACAAGCUAAACAGGAGUAUAUGUUAAUAUGAAGAAAUGUAAAUUAGUUAUACAUAAUUAACAAACCAAAAAUGUAUGUAAACAUUCAAAUGAUUAUCUGAACAAAUGCAAUUUUGUUUUCUUUUUCUUAACCCAUGUGAUGUCCUCCAAAAUGUGUAGGGUAAAAUUUCACAGGGCUUCCAGAUCACUUUUUCACUAUUAAAUUUUAUUUAUAUAAUGUUGACAUCUCAUAGUUCAUAUUGUAAUUUUGACUCAUGCAGUCUUAACUACUGUGUGUGUAUGUGUGUGUGUGUGUGUGUGUGUGAGUGAGAGAGAGACAGAGACAGAGACAGCGACAUCAGGUCCUUCCAUCACCGGAGUAAGGUUUUUAAAUUCGUGUUUCUAGAAAUUAGUUUAUAGUAGUUUGAACACAGAGAACGAUUUGCAAAAAAUCAAUAAAGUUAUUUUCCUCUCCUUUCUCAUCGAUUCAGUUAUUCAGGUGUUUGUUGAUCACCUCCUACUUCCCCAGGCACUAUGCAAAGUGCUGUGGGGAUACAGUGGUGAACAAGACAAACUUGGUUCCUGCUUUUAUAUAGUUUACAAUCUAGUUUCAACAGGUAGAAAACCAGCAGUGAGUAAACCAAGGUGAGGCCUUGAGCUCUUUGUUUUUAUACCAGUCAGUGAGGAAAUAAUUAUGAAAACAAGUCUUGAGUAAAUAUUAAGGUCAUUGUUUUUGUCAGAUUAUUAUAAGAAAAAAAACAAUACUAAUAUUUUUAAAUUUAAAUUGCUUGUCAUACUGAGGAGGCUAGCACCUUAAUAGUCACUGUUUAACUAGUUUUAUAUUCAUUUUUCAAAAGCAAUUAUUUAUUUUAAGCUGUUCAGUAGUGACCCUUUUAAUGUUCAGCGAUCUGGUCUUGGAGUUAUUUUCAUCAAUUAGUAUUAAGUUUUUUAAAGAUAGUUCCAAAAACCCUAUUUAUUUUCUUGUUCACAGCAUCUAAUGCAUGACAAUAUGAAUGUUCCCCCUUACUGAUAAGUGGCCACUUCUCUUUAGGAUUGUAGCAAGUAUAGAUUGAGCUAUGUUAGAUUACAGUAGUAUAUGUUAACUUCAGUAAUUUAAGACUGGUACCUUUCUAUAGUAUGAAUGUCUUAAUUUUGAGUUAUAACAUGAAAUUUAUGUGAAUGGCUAUUGAACAUUCAAAGUUGUAAUUACUUAGGGAGGAAGGGAAUAUUUGACUGACAGUGAGCCUUAUAUUAAGAUCACUGCUACAGUUCUGAAGGGGAAAUAUAAAAUCUAUGAUUAUAUAUAAAAAUAACAGAUUAUAUAGCUGUGCUUAUAAAAUAUAUUGGCUUUCUUAAAUUUUCAAUAUGAAAAGACAUACUGGAUAUUUCCUGCAUAAUUUUGUUAUAUAGAACAGCUUUUAGCAGCCUUUACUAAAGUUACACAAGCACACAGUUCCCCAUUUAUUACUUUAUGCCCAAAAUGGGGGAAUAACUGCUUGGAUUUGUUUGGCAUCAGGGCUUGUGAGGGCCAGAGAACAACUCUAAUCGUUUAGGGGCAGGGAGAAGGAGUUUUGAGGGCUGUGGGGAGGGAACUGCAAGUGCCUGGGGACCAGAGUAGCCUCAGCCCUGG